AUGAGAUUCUGCAAUGCUUUCGCCUUCUCCUUCCCACUCGUCUUAUUACCCCUCUCAUUCUUCCUUGCUGCGACAUAUCUCCCUGCCGAAAAAGACGUACCUCUUCCAACUUCAUCAGCUGUUGACUUCCGCCAAUUCUGGAGAUCCGCCGUGAAGAAAGCGAUGAAUGAAACACACGUCUUCGUUUCCCCCAAUCACCCCUACAUCCACUAUGUGGGACGUUGGGUGCCGUCCGCGGAUCAGUUGAUGCGCGAGGCGGGUUUUCCAGGUGCAUACUUCGAAUUCGGCGUCACCAACACCACAUCCGUGUACCUUGCCUUUCAAAGUUAUCCGGGUUUCGGUGCUGGGCCCGGGGACCCCUUGGACGUUGAAGAUAACAUCGGCGUUACGGUGGAAAUCGACGACGAGUUAUUACUUAUGGUCCUACAUCCGUGCUCUAUCGUGCAGGUCGCGGAGAACCUCGACCCUAGCAGGACGUACAAGCUCAGAGUCACGCAAACGGCCUAUUACCAAGGCGCCGACGGGAGUUUCAAGUUUGAAGGAGUCUGGCUGGACCGGCCUGCCUCUGAGGGGCACGGUCGUCCAGCUGUCGGCAGCACAUUAGGCGCGCUGGUACCGCAGACCGAAGGCCCACAGGGAGCUACGCAGCAGCAAGACUCACCACCGGCGCUGCGAAAGAAAUCACUCAUAGAGCUGUUCACAUGCGAGGUCGACCUGGAGCUCAACCGCCCCAGCGCGCAAAAAAACGCGGCGGGUCUCGCUGAGGAACGAGUACACACCUGGUAUAACCGCUUCGGAGCUGAACUCGGCGCCGACAUCGCCCUCGUACCUACCACAGGGAAGUACUUUUCCCAGGAUUGGUUCGGGAUCAAAAGUGACAAUCGGACGACCGCGCCCGUCGCGAAAUAUUUCUUUUCCUAUCGCUACGAGGGUGAGAGUUCAUUCUCAUCCAUCUCAGUGAACCAACCGAAGGAGGACCACAGCUGGCCAUUCAAAGCCUACCGACCCGCUGUGCUGAUCCUCCAGCUCGGAUUCACGGACUUUAUCGAGAUCUUCAAGGGCCUCCCAGCUCAACAACAUUUGGACGAAUUCCUCAACAGCUUCGUCAAGGACUACGUCAAAUUCGUCAAGACCAUCCGGGCCGACGCCUACCCCUCUGACGGGACGACCGCAAACGGCGGUGAUGACGGCAGCUACAGCUACACUUACAACUCGGCGCCCUCCACGCUCCCGAUCUUCCUGAUCGCCCCCUUUUCGGCCCACCGUGUACUUGUGACACGGAAGCUCACGCUCGCCAAAUUCAUGGCCGACGCCCUCGCGCGCGUGGUGUCCACGUUGCACGCCGAGGGCGACAUCUCGACCCACCUCAUCGAUACCGCAGGGUGGCUUGACCCACAGCAGGACUUUCAGACGCCGCCCAACUUCCGUCGCCUGUUUCGGCCGAGAGUCGAUGGAGAAGCCUGGCGACCACUUACCGAGGCUGCUAAAGUCAAGGUGGCGAGUCUGCUCGCGAGCCAUAUCUGUCCUUACAUCAAACAAAGUGGCCAAAGCUCAGUCGACGGAUCUGCAGGCAUCAGUGAUAGCAAUAGCAAAAGCUCAGCUGUGGCUUUCGCCGCGUCGGGAGACUGCGCCUUUGAUCAAUACGACAGCUAUCUCGGCAACGUGUACGUCCCUGAGGGCGUGGAGCUGGACCGCGCCCUGCUGGAGCGCAAGUUCGAGAUCAUCAAGGAGAGAUUCCGGCUCGCCACGCCUGUUCGGUUGAAGAUCGAGCCGGGGUCACUUCGACACAAAUGGGCAAAGUAG